CUAAUCAUGUUUUGACAGGAAGAAAGUGUGAGCCAAACUAUCCCUGUCCUCAGUGUCCAAAGGCCUACAAAAUGAUCAAAGGCCUUCAACAGCACAUGAAGUUGGAAUGCAACAAAGCUCCUUCCCAGUGGUGCCACCUGUGCAGCUUCAAAACACAUCGGCCGCCGACGCUCUACAGGCAUCUGCGGACAGUACAUCGCAUGGAGAUUACUUUCAACAAAUAAACUACCACCAAUGUCCUCAAUGCCGCAGGAGCUACCGAACUGUACAGGGUGUACAGCAACACCUACGUCUGGAAUGUGGUAAGUCGCCCAGCAAGUGCUGCACUCUAUGUAGCUACAAGACGUACUACACGAGCCACCUCAAACGUCAUCUGGUCACCAAACACUGGGACUAUGUAGUGACUGACCCGGGGCACCUCAAGUUGUAAUGUUUCCUUUGAUUUAUGUAUGUUUUAGCGAUUGUUUCAUG